AUGGGGACAGGUAAUGAUCCGUCUGACAAUCAGUCUGUCAUCGCAACUAUCCAUGGAUGUAGAGAUUACGCUGAUGAAUUCUUUAUAGGUACCAAUGAGAUGUGGUUUACUGUCAUAGGAGCGAAGGUUCCCACCUGUAUUCGAAUGCGUGUUGAGUUCAUUUCCAUUGACCUAUCAACCAAGGAACCCAUUGGACGGGCUCGGUGUUUCGGCGAUGGUAUAACCAAGAGCCAGUGGCAAGCUGUGGAUAAUUGCGGACCAUUUAGAAAGGUCACAGAUAUUCUCAGCGAAAUUGCAGAGGUAAUCGUAGAUGAAGAAAAUGCAGUUGAAGUGAGCCAGCAACUAUCAGAUGUUACUUCCAACAUCGAAGAUAUCACAUCAGAUGACAUCAAGCUUGUGGCAGAGAUAACAUCAAACAUUUUUCAACUAAAUCUUACUAGUGAAGAGGUAACAACGUCUAUAACGAGUAUUGUGAGCAAUAUAGCUCAGGUAGAAACAGAGGAACUUGAAGCCGCAGAGGAAGAAGAUGGGGCAAUAAGUAAAUUUGUCCAGGCUUUUGAGGAACAAAUCGGCCGUGUUGAGGUUGCCGAUGGUGGGAUGCUCAACAUUCAGCAGCCAUAUGUAGCCGUACAGGUUCAGAGUGUACUUGCUGACGACGUAAUGAGCGGUAUUGUGCUUACGCUAGCUGGAUCCAGUUUUUCAGACCUGACCAAGUCCAAUAUUACCAUCAGUGCUCCAACCCAAGAUGACCCCGAUGACGUCAUUGCUACCAGACCAGCCAUCAUCGCUCACGUCAACAUUCCACCUUCAGUUUCAUCCGUCAUUUCGUCCACGGCCCCACUCUCAGGAUCGCCGUCGAAUGGCAGUGCACACGUCCGGGUCAACUUCAAUGUAUUUUCAACUCCAGCCCUGUUCAUUUCUAAGUCAUUGCGCAACAUCAGUGAAGAUAGUGAAGUCUUCAAUCGAUCAGCUAACUCGCCCGUGAUUUCUCUCAGUAUUGGUCAAGGGAAAGUAGCAGCCCUGACCGAAUUCAUCAAUUUUACCUUCACUACAAUAAUGCCUGGAUACGGGAAUCCCAAUUGUUCAUUCUGGGAUGAGGAGCAGGAAGAUUGGUCCCAAGAUGGGUGUGUUCUUGUUUCUGGAUUCACAUCAUCUGAUGAGCGCUAUGAUGAGGAGGGCGUGCGCUGUGCAUGUGAUCAUCUUACCAACUUCGCUGUUAUAAUGGAUAUCCAUAGACCGGAGGAUCCAUUGGCCAAGGAAUUAAAAAUCCUGACUUACAUUGGAUGCUGUAUUUCUAUAUUCAGUCUUCUUGUCACAUUGACAACCUACCUGUGGAACAAGGAUUCGAGGACGAAACAGACUAACCAGAUCUUGAUCUGUCUGUGCCUGACCUUGCUGUGUCUCUACACGACAUUUGUCAUCAUGAUCUCUCUGGAUUCUACCAGAGAUAAUCGUGAGGUCCAAGCUGGACCCUGUGCGUUCCUGACGGCCCUAGUUCACUUCUUCGUUUUGUCCUCCAUUGCAUGGAUGGGUGUGGAAGGGUACAAUAUGUACCUCUUCUUUGUGAAGAUCUUUAACACCUACAUCCAGAAUUUCAUGAUCAAGGCUUUCUUAGCUGCAUGGGGAAUUCCUGCACUUAUCGUGGUUCUUACUGGAGCUAUAGCUAGAGACUCUUAUGCUCAAGAAGAUCUGUAA